AUGGCGUUCAUCCAACCCAGGGUCGUCUUCCGGAUGGAGCCGGAGAAGCCAGUCAUUCUGCAAGCACUCCGGAACAUCAGCUAUGGGCAUGCUAUGCAAGAGUCAGAGAUUGCUGCUAUCAGAACAUCUCUUCAAAACGUUUUGGAUUGGAUCAUGCCAGCCCUGAAAUUAGCCACGCCCAAUGGCUCAGCCUUUUUGAGCUGCUUUAAGAGCAGUACGAACUGGCCAGUUGUAAUGGCAAUUCUGAGACGAUGUGAGGCUGUUAUCAAGUACUGUCUCGGACAUGAUGGCAUGGAGUAUGUCCAACAAUGGCUGGGGACCGUGCGAAUCAUUAAAGGCAACGCUCCUAAAGCAUUAAGGAAGAGUUGCAGAUUCGCUGCUGCUCAAGCUGAGAAGACAAUUUGGCUUUACGAAGACUGGUGGGAGGCACCCAGCCUGCGAAACACAAGCGGCGUUCGCCCCAAAAAGGGCCAUGGUCCUAAAAUUGUUGAUGCUCUUUUGAAUGCUUUCAUGCAGACCAAGGAGGGGACCCUCCUCCAUGAAGUUGAGCAUCUGUCAAGCAUAGGACAGAUGAAGCGGCUAUUAUCUCUGGCCUAUCCGCAUGGUAGACUACCAGCUAUGCUGUGGCGCGGUCGAGACGGCGUAAUCGAUGCAGUACUACAUGAACAUGUGAACAUGAAGAUUCUGAGCGAGUCCAUCAUAAACGCAAAAUAUUGUCGACAUGGGAAGGGAGGAGACGCCGAAUGGGAAGCGGCAUAUGAUCUCGAUGGUGUGCGUGACUGGGCAUGUCUUGAAAGAGGCGAUUUGGCUAGCGUGCUAAACGCCGACUCCUACAACGCAUUCGCAGCCAUGACGCUUAUGCAGCGAGUGGAAAGCACUUUCGCGAAUGCUCGGAACAAUCUGGCGGAGAGGGUGGACAUUCCCAAUCUUCACCACACCGCAGCCAAUGGGCUGCGACAGGCCGUUUUGAGAAAUGCGAGUGGAGAGAACCUCGCCCUUAAAGGAGAUAAAGCAGUGCGAGACAAGCAAAGUCAGCCGAAGUAUAGUUGUCUGCAUUCAAUCGCAGCUCGGAAUCGGGAUGGUCGUUUUUCUGAUCUUCAUUGUUGGCCAACUCCGAGAGAGGCAGCUACUCAAUAUUUUUGUUUUCGCAAGCGGCGCAGGAGAGCUUAUGGGUAUUGA